CAUGCGUUUGUGUUAUGUUUUGAAGUAAUACCUUGUGGUGGUUUAGUAUAGUGGGGAUCUCUCCAUGCGCAAUGCAGUUUUGUAAUUAUUUGCAUUUUUAGAAGUAGUGUGGGCUUUUCUUUUCUUUUUUGCGUUUUAUCUUUUUCCCAAAAGAAUACAGUAAUCUGAAUGAGAACGCCACUUAACUCCAAUGUGAGUGUAUCAUUGUGGAUUCCUCACAGAGUCCUCAUCUUCAAAUGGCAGGCUAUAUAAGCAGAUCUGUAUCAUUAAGCCCAAUUGAUCCAAAUCCUCCGAGCCUGCCCCCUGUAACCAAUAAUAUGAAGCAAGGCAAUGGAAGUUCGCCACGAAUGGCUGAUCUUACUAGCUCACCACUGAAGAUAUUUGUUUUAGCCAAGAAAAAAAUUAAUGAUAUUUUUGCUGACGUAAAUGAUUAUGUUGAAGAAACAUAUGUUUUCCUUAAAACUUUGUGCAGCGACAGUGAUGUAGUUGCUGAGCAGCAAAUUUUAGAAGUUUAUCAAUUGCAAGAUAAAAUAAAAAACAUCAGGGAAGUGCUUGCUAGAGAUCACAUGAAAGUUGUGUUUUUUGGGAGAACCAGCAAUGGGAAGAGCUCAGUUGUAAAUGCAAUGCUGCAAGAUAAAAUCCUGCCUAGUGGCUUGGGGCAUACUACUAAUUGCUUUCUUCAAGUAGAGGGAUCAGAAUCCUCAGAAGCAUAUGUUCUUACAGAAGAUUCAUCAGAGCCACAGAGUGUUCAG